AUGGAGACACCGGGCUGCCCGGCCUUCCCCCCGCCUCGCCGGCCCGGGGGUCCCCCGGGGCUCCCCCGGCCUCCCACCGCCUUCGCCCUGGGUGCACCGGGGCCCCACCGGCGGCCGCCGCCGCUCAGCCCCCGCCCCGGCCGCUGCCCGCCGCUGCGGGCACAGCCGCGGUACCCGGGGGUGCCCAGCCCGGGCCCCCCCGCCGUGGCCGUGCAUGGGAAGCCCCUGUACCCGGCCGGGGCUGCAGGUGAGAAGGGCUGCAAAGGUGGGUUCCAGGCGAUUCCCACAGCCUGCAGGGUCCCCCCGAAAGCCCCGGAGGAUUUGGGGUGCCCACUGGCAGCACCCCUGGGCAGCCUCCGGGACUACGGGAUCCCCGAGCUCCCUGAGCCCCUGGGCAAGAGCAAGAGCAAGAAGAGGAGGAACAGGACGACCUUCAGCACGUUCCAGCUGGAGGAGCUGGAGAAGGUUUUCCAGAAGACACAUUAUCCCGACGUGUAUGCCCGGGAGCAGCUGGCAUUGCGCACAGACCUGACCGAGGCCAGGGUGCAGGUUUGGUUCCAGAACCGCCGGGCCAAGUGGCGGAAACGGGAACGCUACGGGAAAAUCCAGGAGCUGCAGAACAACCUGUGGCCGAGCCCUGGGAGCCCCCCGGGGCUGCUGCCCCCCGAGACCAUCCCGUCGCCCUGCAUGUCCCCGUACCCCCCCGCUCCAAGCAAUGGCUUCGUGGGCAUCCCCGCGUCCCCGGGCCCCCACCCCGGCCUCAACAGCCUCUACUCCCUGCACGGGCUGCCCCCCCCGGGGCUGGCCCCCCACCCCUUCGAGCCGCCCGCCCAACACGAGUACAAGGCGCCCCCCCUGAUGCCGCUGAGGAUGAAGAGCAAAGAGGGCGCCGGGAGCCUCCUGAAUUGGGCCACAUGAUCGCCAGGGCAUGGACACGGAGCCCUGGGCCCUCCGGAGUGUAUCCCCCAGCCCAGGGAGGGGGGCAGGCUGGUGGGGUCACCUUCACCCCCUCUCUGCACCCCCCGAGCUUCCCGCAUCCAGCACUGCCCCCACCCUGCUGAGAGGGGCCCGGGGGGGCUGUGGGGGGGAAAAGGAGGUGCCCCCAAACCCAGGCUGCCCCAGCAGGGCUGGCACUGGCAGCUCAGAAAUGGCUCCCCCGAUUUCCUGAGCCCUCCCAGCACUGUCAGGACUGGGUUUGAUGGAGAUUCCCGGUGCUUUGCUCACCCCAGUGUGUGCCCCCACCCCGCCCACCCGGGCACUGCCAGCCCUGCGUGGGGCUGAGCAGGGGACUGUGGAGCACCAGGGCAGCAGUUUUGGGGGUAAUUCUUCCCUCCCCAGCUGAAAUUUGGCCACUCACCCCCUGCCCAGCACAACCAGCAAUGGCAGAAACUGGGCUCUUCCUCUCCCAGUCCCAUACUGGAAGACUGGACUGGGACAGCUGCUGGUACUGGGGGUUACUGGGGGCAGGGCCAAGGAGCCCCAAAGCCCCCCCAGAGCAUCACAGCUUGUUCUGCUCCCUCUUGGAGGGGAAAUAAAGCCCUGGCACAAUGAAGCAUCCCAAAUUAAAGCUGUUUCCCUGGGAGGGGUCACCCUGUUACCCCUCAGGAAGGAGUUUUAAUCCCAGCAGUGGGAUGAAAUUCCCAGUGGGAACCCAGUAAUUCCCAGUGGGAACCCUCCCAGGACCUCCAGCUGGGCUGUUGGGGCACAAAUGGGCAAUUUGGGGGGGUGGGGGGGGUGGAGGUUUCUGCAUUUUGCAGGGUUCUGAAUGUUACUGGUGGUACCUGCAAGGCCAGUAAUGAGGGGGCACCUCACCUGUUCUGGGGGUCCCCAGGGGGGCUCCCCGAGUCCCCCCAGGAGCCAGCAUGUCCUGUCCCCCCUUUACCCACUGUGACCUCCCCCACUGCAGGAACGACCCUGCUCACCCCAACACCAGGAGCUGCUGGCACACCCCCAGGGACACUCUGGGGCCAAACCCCCUCCCUGCAAAACCUGCAAUGCCCCCCUGUCCCAGCCCCACAUCCUGAGGGGGGGACACCCCUGUGGGGCACCUGGAUCCCCUCAGGGAGGCACCAAACCUGCUGUUCCUGCCCAGGCUGGAAAACCCCUAGGUUUUCAGGCAAGCCCUGGCAGCCUGGGCACAGUGGGUGCCACAGGAGGCAGCCCAGGGCUGCCCACCCUCAGCCAGGGCAUCUGACACCCCCUCCCACCGGUGGGGAUUUUGUUAUUCAUUUCUAAACAAUAAACCACAUUUUUCAUAAGUUAA